ACUGGUUUCUUUCGUCAAUAAAUCUUACGAUAUUUUAUCUAUUUUAUCAAAAGAAUACGUUUCGUUAUUCUAAUUCGUGUCGUUGCACCCUGCUCAAACUGUAAUUGGGAUCUGUAAAUAGACAACAGAGAUUGCAUAUUAUAAAGGCACGAGAGGUACUAGUUAAAAUUACAAUAGCCUAUGACGAUUAUACGACGUGUCUCUAGAAAGACCACCACCAAUUACAUUGUAAGAAAGAGGGUAACGGCGACGCAGUGGGUCGCGAUACGACACGGCGAGACACGACGCGACACGACGCAAUGCGUCCUAGUAUCGCACACGUUAUGCGCUGUCGCAGUCGGAAUAGGCCAAAUCAAACCGAAAGAGAAAGAAAAGAACAAGUAUGAACAUUGCUACUAUAUCGUGUACAUACAUAGUAUCUAAUUAGUACUAAGUACGAUUCGAAUAAUUGUUUGAAACGCUAUCGUUGAACGAAUAUAUUUAUAAACUCUGUAGAUAUGUAUAGUUAAAAGAAAAAUAGGAGAAAGGCAAAAAAAGAAGAAUAAAAAGGGAAAAAAGGAAAAAUAGAAGAAAAAACAGAAAAAGACAGUUUACCGAGAUUGCACGAGUCGCGCGUAACGAAUUCGCGGCUACGAGUCAUUCGUCCAGUCUAGAUUCCGAAUCGAUUCCUCCGUACGUCUAACACGUUCGUGUCGCUAACGGUGUUCAGCUGUCGAAUUAUGGGCUCGAUCGUCCUAAAGUCUCUCUCAGUUCUUCUUGGGAUAUUCUUCGUUUUCGUCGGUACUAUGAAGCUGACUUCUCAUAUUAGUAAGGAUCUUCACAAGGACUUGAGAAAAGAAUAUGUGAAAUACGCAAAGGUAUUUCCACUGUCCGGUACAUUGGACUUUAAAGUACCAAGUAAAUGGUACAGAAGAGUUGUCGGAUCGCUCGAAAUUAUUUGCGGACUCGCAAUGGCUAUAGUUCCAAGUCACAAAAUAAAAAAUGCAUCGAACGCGAUAUUACUGUUAUUGAUGUUAAUGGCUGUGUACUCUCACUACAUGGUGAAUGACAAGUUUGAAAGGAUUGCACCAGCGCUGGUAUUUUUUUUCAUGCUAACAGGCCGACUAGUAAUAGAUUGGCAACUUAGACGAGAAGAUAAGCAACCGGUAACGGCGAAUGGUGUAGAUGAUAAAAGUAAAAAACAAGAUUGAAUUCGAGAUUCUUAUACGUAUUCGCACGAUUAAGACUUUGGUUAUCAUGUCAGUUAUCGCCUACGUACCACGUAAUAAUCACGAUGAAAUAAUUUUCCAUACACGCAGCAAAGAAGUAUUUCGUUCGAUCUUUAAUUCCUUAUGCUCCACGAUAUUAAUUUUGUGUGUAUGGUUUCUUACGUCUCAUAUCAAAUGCUCUCUUUCAAAGUUAUGCUUCAAUCCUAUUACGUUUCAUCACGAACUACUUUUUCGUGCUGACAGCACUCGAAUUUGUUCAAAGCGUUCUAAAUCUCGAGUACCUCGAGAACUAUGAAUUUCUAUCAUUAUUAGUCAACAUUAUAAGAAUUUAAUCAACGGCAAAGAAUCAUGAAAUACUAGCUCAAGCACAAGGUAUUAACUGCCAAUUGAAUCAAUGUGUUCUCCUUGAUAUCGUAUUAAGAUGUAAAUGCCCUUAGACGAUAACUAAAAGAAUAUCGUUGCAGUGUAAUGCACAUGCGUGCUUUCUUCGCAUCAAAACUUUUACUUUUUUUUUUU